AUGUCUAAUGCGAACACACCACAUAACUCUACAGAUAGCGAAAACGAACUCGAAGAGUCACUGGAACCUCAACAAGUCUCAUCAUGUGCUACCUUAGUUCUAACAACACCGGAACUUAUCGAUAAUAUUUUCAACUUUUUAUCAAUGAGUGAACUUAUGAACGUUCGAUCCGUCUGCAAGCAAUGGUAUCUUAUUGUGAAUAUCCCAACAAAAAUAGCCUCUUACAUCAAAUCUACCUUUAUUCCACGACGAGUUUAUGUGCUAUCCGAUGGACAUUUUCACGGAAAUAGUAAUCCAGGGAUAAAAAUUUUAGGAGUAUAUACACACGAACAAACGGUUAUCAAUGAGAUGAGACGACUACAUAAGAAAAAAAUCGGUGUCAACGUCAAUUGCAAAAUUCCUUCUCCAGACACAUUCCGUCAUUUUGAUGGUAACAUAGUAUCUAAUUCUCUUUAUAGUGAAGGAACUUAUCAAUAUUUAAAAAGAGAUGUAUGGGAGGUUACAUAUGUAAAAUUAGUUACCAGGAAGGAAAAGCGUGCGGAAUCAGCAUUUAGUCUUAGUGCUCAUUAG